AUGAGCCAAGAAACCCAGGAAACGGCGCUGUAUAGCCAUCAGCGUGAGACGGCCUCAGCGCGAACUGCGCUGCCAUCACGACCAAUGUCCUCGAAACCAAGUGAUAGCCCGGCUAUUCCUUCUCAGGAGCGGACCAGACUCCCUACCGGCCAGGACAACCGUGACCACCAAAAUAGACUAACAAUCUCUGCUUAUACCGAUGAUAGUAACUGUGGAACCACCCGAACCCCUUUGUGGAGGAGAUCACCUCAAGGUGCUACGAUUUGCAACGCCUGUGGUCUCUAUCUGAAAGCCAGAAACGCCUCUCGUCCGACUAGUCUCAAGCGACCACCAAAUGUUGUCCCUGCAGACCCUCCGCGAACUACCACACCGAAGCCCUCUGCAGUCGCAGGUCCAAAACCUGCGUCAAAUGCGACCUACAUAUCGGCUGAUCAGACUGGAGGGACUUGUCCUGGAGGUGGACGCUGUAACGGAACGGGUGGUGCAGAGGGCUGCAAUGGAUGCCCUGCCUAUAACAAUCGUGUUUCGAAAAGUGCCAACCUAGGUGGAACGCAGAAACGACAGAGCUGCCAAAGUCGAAGUGAAAGUACCAAACCGGAACCGGUGCCUCUGGACGUCAAUGCCUUGCAAAAUCAACAGAAUUCGAAUGCUACGGUUGUGAUUGCAUGCCAGAACUGUGGCACCACUAUUACACCUCUCUGGAGGCGUGAUGAGAGUGGCCACACCAUCUGCAAUGCUUGUGGUCUAUAUUACAAGUUACAUGGUGUCCACCGGCCGAUGACCAUGAAGAAAUCGACCAUCAAGAGACGAAAACGAAUUAUCCCAGCGUCGCAGGAUGAGGAGAUGGAAGAUGCAAUGGAGCCCGCCGAAAUGCAAGGUCAAUACGAACAAAAUGCUGAGAAGGGGUCAAUGAAUGAGGAUGGGUCUGUCAAUCUGGGUCUUCGUCGCCGCCCAGACCAUCCGCUCACGAUCGAGCCUCAACCGGUUAUCCGACCUACAAGUAGAACAAUAUCGCCACUGCCUUCGACCUCGGAUCUAGCUGCAUAUCACCAGUCAAAUAACCCACGUCAGUAUACCGGAUCCCUGAACGACGAUAAUCGACUGGCUCCCAUGGCGUCUAUGUCAUCAAACAACGAUAGGAAAACGUCACUAUCCCCUGCCUCGUUUCUGUCGCCAACUCGAAAACGAUCCUUCUCUACUACGGAAAGUGAAGCAUUUGCCUCACAAGAAACAGGACAGGAGAGCUCGAAACGAAUCUCCUCGAUCAAUAUUAAAUCGAUACUGAAUCCAUCGACAUCAGCCACCACUCCCCCCAAUUUAGGGACAGGAAGCGACGACGGUGACUAUUCCUUACCUCCCAUACGAUCACCUGGUAGUACCAUAGCAUCAGCACCGAGCCCCAGUGCCUUUUCUAACCGGGAUAAUACGCCAGGUGCUGGCCCGCGUGAUUUCGAUACUGAGAGGAUAAAGGCUGAGCGCCGAGCAGCGUUACAACGCGAAGCGGACAAGAUGCGAGAAAUGCUUGCCGCAAAAGAGAGAGAAUUACAAGAACUUGGACAUGAUUAA